GCCCAUACCCUGACGGUCCUCUUUCUGAUGACCUGUGCGCUCAUAUAUGUGGCUAUAUUUGAGCCCAUCUCUGAUGACACCAAUUAUAACAUUAAGAGAGGUAUCAUCGCCUGCGCCCUUACCUUCAUUCUGGUGGGCGUCACACAAAUACCCGACGGCCCCUUCCGGCGCCCCCACCCAGGUUUGCCUCCCUUUGCCAUUCAUUUUGUGCACUUUCUUCCUAACCUUAAGCUCUAA